ACAUUGCGACACAAAAGCAUCACAACUUCUCAUUCUGUAAAUUAUAUAAAUCCCUUCACUUCCACUUUUUCAGGAACACAUUUUUUUUUAAUACUCGUCUUAAUUCGGAUUGGAUCAUAUUCAACAGAGUUCAAGGAUGAGUACAUAUACACCAAAGAACAUUCUCAUUACCGGGGCGGCUGGUUUUAUUGCCUCUCAUGUCGCUAACCGGCUUGUUAGAACCUAUCCGGAUUACAAGAUUGUCGUGCUCGACAAACUAGAUUACUGCUCAAAUCUUAAGAACUUAAACCCCUCUAGAUCAUCACCUAAUUUUAAGUUUGUUAAGGGGGAUAUUGGUAGUGCUGAUCUGGUGAAUUACCUUUUGAUCACCGAAAAUAUUGAUACUAUAAUGCAUUUUGCUGCUCAAACCCAUGUUGAUAACUCAUUCGGAAACAGUUUUGAAUUUACCAAGAACAACAUUUAUGGUACCCAUGUGCUUCUUGAGGCGUGCAAAGUCACACGUCAAAUCAGACGGUUCAUCCAUGUCAGUACGGAUGAGGUUUAUGGUGAAACCGAAGAGGAUGCAGUUGUGGGUAACCAUGAAGCUUCACAGCUUCUUCCCACGAAUCCUUAUUCUGCCACGAAAGCUGGUGCAGAAAUGCUUGUUAUGGCUUAUGGCAGGUCUUACGGGUUGCCUGUGAUUACCACAAGAGGAAACAACGUUUAUGGCACAAAUCAGUUUCCUGAAAAACUGAUCCCGAAGUUCAUUCUAUUAGCAAUGAGAGGUGAACCACUUCCGAUUCAUGGUGAUGGUUCUAAUGUAAGGAGUUAUCUUUACUGUGAAGAUGUUGCGGAGGCUUUUGAAGUUGUUCUUCAUAAAGGAGAGGUGGGUCAUGUUUAUAACAUAGGAACUAAAAAGGAAAGGCGUGUUAUUGAUGUUGCUAGAGAUGUUUGUAAACUUUUCAACAGGGAUCCUGAAGCAAGCAUUAAGUUUGUGGAGAACAGACCAUUUAACGAUCAAAGGUACUUCUUGGAUGAUGAGAAACUUAAGGGUUUGGGUUGGGCCGAAAGGACUACAUGGGAAGAGGGUCUGAAAAAGACCAUGGAAUGGUACACAAGCAAUCCCGAAUGGUGGGGAGAUGUCUCUGGUGCACUUCUUCCUCAUCCAAGAAUGCUGAUGAUGCCAGGUGGCACCGAGAGAGUUGUUGAUGUACCUGAAAACGUUCAAUCUGAUUCACCUCAUGCCGCGGUUAAUCCUUCUCAGUUUCGAAAGGUGGUUUCUGCUCCAAAAAGUAACGGUUCUGCUAAUAAGCCAUCUUUUAAGUUCCUUAUCUAUGGUAAAACUGGGUGGAUAGGUGGUUUACUUGGGCAAAUAUGUGAAAAACAAGGAAUUCAAUACGAGUAUGGGAAGGGUCGUAUGGAGGAUCGGGCCCAAAUUGUUGCUGAUAUUCAGAAGAUCAAACCAACCCAUGUUUUCAAUGCUGCUGGUGUCACGGGUCGACCCAAUGUUGAUUGGUGUGAAUCUCACAGGGCUGAAACAAUCCGUACCAAUGUUGCUGGCACCCUAACUUUAGCAGAUGUUUGCAGAGAAUCUGGGAUCCUGAUGAUUAACUUUGCUACUGGAUGUAUAUUUGAAUAUGAUGAUGCACAUCCAGAAGGUUCAGGCAUUGGUUUCAAGGAAGAAGACACACCCAAUUUCACCGGUUCUUUCUAUUCUAAAACCAAGGCUAUGGUUGAGGAGCUAUUGAAAGAAUUUGACAAUGUGUGCACACUUAGAGUCCGAAUGCCAAUCUCAUCUGAUCUCAACAACCCGCGCAACUUUGUCACCAAAAUAUCUCGCUAUGAUAAGGUGGUCAACAUUCCCAACUCAAUGACCAUUCUGGACGAGCUUCUGCCUAUUUCUAUUGAAAUGGCUAAGAGAAACCUCAAGGGAAUAUGGAACUUUACAAACCCGGGGGUGGUCAGUCAUAACGAGGUCUUGGAGCUAUAUAAAGAAUACAUAAACCCCGAAUUCAAAUGGAAAAACUUCACGCUUGAAGAACAAGCACGAGUGAUUGUCGCCCCACGAAGCAAUAACGAGUUGGACACAUCCAAGUUGAAGAAAGAGUUCCCCGAGUUGCUAUCAAUAAAGGAAUCGUUAAUCAAAUACGUAUUUGCUCCCAAUAAAAAAGUUUGAUUAGCAUUUGGGGUAUACUCAGAGAGACAGAAAUAUGUUUGCUUGGGAUAUUAUUAGUUAUUUAUGUGUAAUAAUCUUUAAAGUUUAAACUGGGAAAUUGAUUACUUAUGAGGUUUACUUGGUAAGUAAAAUGAAAAGAUUACAGGAAAGGCCAAAAGUUUGUACUA